UAUGCAUUGAACAGAUUACCCGGGACAUGCAUUUAAAAAUAAAGUGUAUUUCUACCCACAAACAAGUGUUGGGUGCUUGUACUGUGGAGGUAAACUGCUUAAAUGUACGCGGAGUGCUCGUAUGUUUUGACGAAGUGUGACUUCGUCUGAGAAUUCUCCAAGGUGCAGCAAGGCAAUUUGAGAACCACGCUUUUGUAAAUAUUUUCGAACCAUUGAAGCUAACAUUGGACGAAAUGGCUGAUAAAAAGGACGAUUUUGAUUUCCCGGACAUUGAGCUAGAAGAAAAGGAUCUGAAGCCUGAAGAAUAUACUUGUAAUGCAACACAAGCCUUCGACGCUGUUUUCCAAUGUUAUACUCUCGGAGAACAAGCAAUAAACUAUUACCGGUACGGCGAAAAGAAGGAUUGCAGCGGAAAAUGGGAUUACUUUAAACUUUGUAUAUCAACAAAGACGAAGUCGCCUUUACAUGCCAAGAAACUAUUGGAUGAACACAAAGCGAAAACAGAAGAGGAAAAGAAAACUGUAAGGAGUUCAGAGGAUGUGUGGACUUUAAAAGCGAUACCAGAUGAACAUACUUCUACUACAACGCAGUAAUUAGGCAUAUAGAGAGGUGGCUUUUUGUAUUAUACUGUAUAAUUUGCCUAGAGCGCA